ACUUGUUAUCAACCGGAAGAAGGUCCUCGCCUUCGCUUUCAAUUUCACCUCCACCGUUGGUGAUCGAUAACACCCCGGCUAGUCAUAGCCUCUCGGCUACUGCGGGGCGCGGCGAUCGAUCGGGCAGCCGCCAUCAAGCGCCGGCGAUGACCCCAAAAUAGAUGAUGGUUUGAAUCUUGGACCUCACGUCGGGUGGCUCCAGUGACCUCAACAAAAGCCACGCACCUCACGCAGCAUCGUCGCUCUCCCCAAUGUGGCCAUGGCGCCCUCGCGACGCCUACAGCGGCGCAGACGAUUCCUCGUUAUCCUCGCUCUACUUGUUUUCAUUGCAUACAGCGCACUUGGCUUGAAGAAUCGCUAUGCAGUGUUGGCAACCUCGCGUCCUCAAACUUUUGGGCCAGAGAAGGAGCUGGUUGUUGCGAGCUUGGAGGCAGAUGAUGUGAGCUGGUUAGACCAGUAUUUUGGAGAGUGGAAGAGGAAUGUUUAUGUUGUUGAUAAUCGGACGGCGCCGUUGACGGUGGCGAAGAAUAAGGGGAGAGAGGCGAUGCCUUAUUUGACAUACAUAAUCGACCGCUACGACUCCCUCCCGCACGUCUCCAUCUUCAUCCACAGCCUCCGCUACCAAUGGCACAACGAAGACCCCAUGUACGACGGCGUCCCCGUCCUCAAACGCCUCCGUCUCGACCACGUCCGCAACCGCGGCUUCGUCGCCCUGCGCUGCACGUGGACCAUGGGCUGCCCCGCGGAAUUGCAUCCCACUAAGCCUUCCCAAGGAAUCGAUGAUCGUUCCCAGAACGAGGCCGCUUACGGCAAAGCAUUCCAGUAUCUCUUUCCCGGCGAACCUGUCCCUGAUGUCGUAGGCGCGCAUUGCUCGAGCCAGUUUGCAGUGUCGAGGGAGCGCAUACGAGCGCGGCCGAAGGAGCAUUAUGAAAGAAUUCGAAAUUGGCUGCUCGAGACGCCUUUGGACGACCAGAUUAGUGGGCGAGUGAUUGAGUAUAUGUGGCAUAUCAUUUUCGGCAUGCCGCCAGUGGAUUGCCAGGAUGCGGGCGAGUGCUUUUGUCAGACGUUUGGGCUGUGCAAUCUUACUUGCACCGAGAGCGAAUGCGAGAAGAGAUAUAUCUUGCCGAAGUAUUCGACGAUUCCGAAGGGUUGGCCGGAGGUGGGGCCGGGGACGGAUGGGUGGCCUGAAAGAGGGUGGGCGGACUGAGAUUAUGCGAUUGAUUCACGUCGCAGUUAAUAUUGGGCUUUGAAUUAAGUGAAUGCAUCUUAGGUUCAGAUGAUGGCGUUGGGCGUAUCCCCGGUCGGCAUAGAGCGGAAAGGGAGCACUGCGACUCUGAAGUGACUCAGUGAUGCACGAAGGCUGAUCAACGUGUAUAAAACUUAGAUUCAAGGUAUAUAGUUCAGCAUAUC